AUGGAGGGCCGAUGUUCGGGAGAAUAUCCCUAUAUUCAUUUAAACUUUGUCCCUUCAAGGCUCAGAGCUGGAAGGAGGUGGGACACUGUCAUGCUAUUGAUAGUGCGCAGCAUGUACCAGCCGGCCCUGUACGCGCGCAGCAACGCCGCGCAGCGGGAGAGCGUGUCGCGCGUGCUGCGCGAGUGGGCGGGGCGGCUGCGCUGGUCGCGCGAGGAGCAGGAGGCCGUGCUGGACGUGGGCUGCGGCCCGGGCGACGUGACGGCGCAGCUCCUGCUGCCGCGCCUGCCCAGCAGCGUGCGCGCGCUGGUGGGCCACGACGUGAGCAAGGAGAUGGUGCACCACGCCGCCGCCGCCCACGCCGCGCUGGCGCCGCGCCUGCGCUUCCUGUGCACGGACAUCGCCGCGCGCGACCUGCCGGCCACGCCGCUGGGCGCAUGCGCACAGCAACUCCAGGGGUUCCACAAGGUCUUCUCCUUCUACGCGCUCCACUGGGUGGCCGACCAACGAACUGCACUUCGCAACAUCCACAGCCUGCUGCGGCCAGGAGGAGAGGCACUCCUGUUGUUGGUUGCUAAUUCACCCAUUUACGAUGCCCAUAUCGCUAUGCAAAACAACCCUCGUUGGUGUAACUUUAUGCAGGACGCUUGCAGCUUCAUGUCGCCUUACAAACGCUCAACGGACCCUGUGAACGACUUCUCUUCGGUGCUGCAGCAGGCGGGGUUCAACAUUUACGCGUGCCGACUAGAGCACUUCCGCUACCGUUACCCCACGACGCAGGAGUUCGAAGAGUGGCCUGAGUAUGACUCAUAA